AGUAUCAACCACAGUUUCAAUAUGGCAGCAGAGAAGAAAGCGAGCGAAAAUGGCGAAAAGAAACCAGACUUAGGACUCCUCGAAGAAGACGAUGAAUUCGAAGAGUUCCCAACUGAAGCUUGGACUGGUGAAGAAGAAGAUCAGGACGAAAACCAUAUUUGGCAAGAUGACUGGGAUGAUGACACUGUUGAAGAUGAUUUCUCAAACCAGUUAAGAGCUGAACUAGAAAAACAUGGAUACAAAGUUGAUCAACCAGAAACAAUGAAAACGUAAUGAAAGGAGUUGCAUUUAGACAACAUUGUUGUACAGAACUUUUGUGAUUCUUUUAAUUAUUGAUUUAGCAUUACAUUGUA